AUGCAAAUUGUUUUGUUCGUUCUCGCCAUUUCAUUUAUCAAUUUUCUUUAUUACUUCUACUUUCUUUCCUCUUCAUAUAAUAAUUCUUUUUUUUUUAAAUUUUAUUUUAAUUCAUCUGUAUCUACUGUCUUUCUCUUUCCUUCAAUUCGUACUUUUUCUUUUACUUCUUCAAUUUUCCUUCCUGUCUAUUUUGUUUCAUUAUCUUUCAUCAGUUCUCUUUUCUUCCUUUAUUCAUUAUUGACGUUAUGCUUUUUCCUUCUUGUACUGUUGCUUUCCAUUCGUUUUUUAUCUCUUUCUUUCUUUUUACCUUCAUUUUUUUCUUUCCUUUGCGCAUUAAAUCUUUAUUUUUUCUAUAAUGUAUUUCUUAUAUUUUCUUCAUUUCUUCUCUUUUUUCUUUCAUUCCUUAUGUAUUUAUUUUUAUUUCUCUCUGUCUCAAACAUCUUCUUUCUUUCUUUCUUUUUUCUCAUUACUUGGAACGAGCACACGAAUACAUCCCAGUAUGGCGGCACAUCCACGUCAUAUGUCACAUACCAGUCCAGAGAACUUAUAUUUUCAAAACAACCCACUCGCUUUUCUCUCUUUUUUAAAUCCCUCACUCUUUCUCACUUUUUUAAUCGCUCUCUCUCUCUCUCUCUCUCCCUCUCUCUCUCUCUCUAUCUAUCUAUCUCGCUCUACAAUUAUAAGCCUAUGGUUACUGGGCAUGCACAGUUCUAUUAA